CUGCGCACUGCCGUCAAGCCAGUCGGCUCGAGCGCCCGGGCGGGAAGGCGGUGGAAAGAGAAGAGCGUCGUUCUGACAGGGCGGCGGCGGCGGCAACCACCACCACGACGACGACGACGUCGGCGGCGGCGGGCAGAUUGAUUCAGAAUGUCUGCUGGGAAAGCUCAAAUUGGGAAGCAAGCCCCUGAUUUUGAAGCCACCGCUGUGAUGCCUGAUGGACAGUUUGAUGAACUAAGGUUAUCUAGCUACAAAGGUAUGACUAAAGGCAUGGCUUCAGGAAAAUACGUAGUCUUCUUUUUCUACCCACUUGAUUUCUCCUUUGUGUGUCCAACUGAGAUCAUUGCUUUCAGUGACCGAGUUGCAGACUUCAAAAAGAUCAACUGUGAAAUAAUUGCUGCUUCUAUAGAUUCCCAGUUUGCGCACUUGGCAUGGAUCAAUACACCAAGAAAACAAGGAGGACUUGGUCCCACAAAGAUUCCUAUAGUGUCAGAUGUCCGUCGAACCAUCUGCACAGAUUAUGGUGUCUUGAAAGAGGAUGAAGGCAUUGCUUUCCGAGGUUUGUUCAUCAUUGAUGAUAGUGGUGUUCUGCGUCAGAUCAUGAUCAAUGACCUGCCUGUUGGACGUUCAGUUGAUGAAGUUAUGAGGCUGGUUCAAGCAUUCCAGUUUACAGAUGAACACGGAGAAGUUUGCCCUGCUAAUUGGAAACCUGGGAGCGAUACUAUCACGCCUGAUGUAGAAAAGAGCAAGGAAUACUUUUCCAAACAGAAAUAAAAAGAACUACAGGUUCUAUUGUGCUUGAAUGUAACCAGUGAAAUAUUGGUCCAUUCUGUGUGUGGUUGAACAAUGUUAAUAUUUUUAGUGAGCAGGUGUUUUGCUACUGUUGAAAUCUUGAGAUGAAAAAGUAAUAGACAUUGUACUGAGAGAUGUCCUCAACACUUAUCUACUGGUUGUAAAGGUUAGAGCUUUGAACAAACCGGUGGUAUUGGGUAAAAUCUGAUAUUCACUUUGCAGAGUUUGUUUUUUCAUGUAUUUGUUAAUGCAAAAAUAAAGUUUGAAAAAAA